GGAGCUCUGCCUGAAGGAAUUACCAGUGAACUGGAAUGUGUAACCAACAGUACCCUUGCUGCUAUUAUACGGCAACUUAGCAGUUUAACACUUCACUUUGGUGACCCAUUAAGCCCAGUUGGACUCAUUCCCUGAUGAACAAAGAGCAGCUGCAAAGAAUUUAGGCAUUGAUUUGAGCAGCAUAUAAUAUUUGUUCUCUUCUGCUAGACCUAUGACUUCUGACAGGCUUGAGAGAUGCUGGUAUUUUUGGCUCAGAUCCACCAGGCAUUGUAUUGGAAUUUCAAAUACAUAAUUGAACACCAGCCCUUCAAUAUUCAGGCAAACAUGCUGAAGAUAUAUUUGGUGAAUUGUUUAAUGAGGCCAACAACUUCUACAUUAGAGCAAAUUCCCUUCAAGACAGAAUUGAUCGCCUUGCCGUCAAAGUUACCCAGCUGGAUUCAACAGUAGAAGAGGUAUCAUUACAGGAUAUCAAUAUGAAAAAAGCAUUCAAAAGUUCAACAAUACAGGACCAGCAGGUGGUUUCAAAGAAUAGUAUUCCUAACCCAGUGGCUGACAUUUACAAUCAGAGUGACAAACCACCUCCAUUGAAUAUUCUUACACCAUAUAGAGAUGAUAAGAAAGAUGGGUUGAAGUUCUAUACUGAUCCCUCCUAUUUUUUUGAUCUUUGGAAAGAGAAAAUGUUACAAGAUACUGAAGAUAAACGAAAGGAAAAAAGGCGGCAAAAGGAGCAAAAACGUAUAGAUGGCACAACCCGGGAGGUGAAAAAAGUUAGAAAAGCCAGGAACAGGCGCCAAGAGUGGAAUAUGAUGGCAUAUGAUAAAGAGCUUAGACCUGACAACAGGUUGUCUCAAAAUGUGUACCAUGGAGCAUCUUCCGAGGGAUCAUUGUCCCCAGAUACUAGGUCACAUGCAUCCGAUGUUACAGAUUAUUCUUAUCCUGCUACUCCAAAUCAUUCCCUUCAUCAGCAGCCAGUAAUGCCUUCAUAUGGAGCAGGAGAUGGUCCACAGUACAUGGGUGUAUCCCAGGGUCAUGAACAUGAAUACAGACCACCUUCUACAACAGUGCGACAUGCUACCUUAAACAGACCUCAGCAACCACCUCCACCUCCACCUCAGGCUUCAGAUGGUUCACACAGCUCCGUAUCUUUGGUACCAGCAGACUAUGGGAUGCUUCCAGCUCAGAUAGUGGAUUAUUACAAUCCUACAGGACCUCCCCCUCCUCCCCCUCCUCCUAUGAUUCCUUCAGCACAAACUGCUUUUGUUAGUCCUCUUCAGCUUCCUGUGCCACCGUCUCAUUCUGGACUUAUGACUGGAUCUACUUAUGCUGCUACUCCUCAUCCUCCUCCUACUGGGCUAAUUGUUACAGCUCCGCCACCUCCUGGCCCUCCUCCUCUGCCUCCAGGCCCUCCUGCUGCAGGUUCAUCUCUCUCUUCCUCCCCAAUGCAUGCUCCUCCUGUUGCUGAGACAAAACGGCAUGAAACCACACAGGCACCAAUCAGUGAUGCUCGAAGUGAUCUUCUUGCCGCCAUUCGUAUGGGAAUUCAGUUGAAAAAGGUGCAAGAGCAACGUGAACAGGAAGCAAAGAGAGAACCUGUUGGAAACGAUGUAGCAACUAUCCUUUCAAGACGCAUUGCUGUGGAGUACAGUGAUUCUGAUGAUGAUUCUGAAUUUGACGAAAAUGAUUGGUCAGACUGAGAUCUGUUCCACGUGCUAUAGCAAAAUUCAUGACACUUGGCUGAAGUGGUCACGGUGUUAGUGGAAUAGAAGUCUGGGUGUUGAUACGUAUUACAACUAAUAAUCUAAGCACUAAAAAUGAAUUGGUAUUAUUUGGAAUGCUGUAGCUUAGCAACUCUGGUAAUAAUAAUAAUGUGAUUACGCUUAUGCAGAUCCAAAAAUUUUCUUACUUUCAGUAUUUACUGCAUAAUACUUAAGUGCCACUAAAUGUAGCAGAUCAUGUGCUGCACACAAAGUAGGCUGCAGUUAUUGCACUGUUACAAAACCAGCAUUUUGUUUUGUUUUCUUGAUAAUGAAGGUAUAUGGCAUAUUUUUACUUUACAUUUCUUAUUCUAUAUAAUUUUGCAGACCUAUUUUGUACUUGUGAAGCUGUCUGGUUGUUAGUCAUUGAAGUCCUUGAAGAAGGUUAUUGACACAUGACUAAAAGAUGUCUUCAGGUCCUUAGAUUUUACCUUUCUAACAUUUUUCAGAAGUUAUGACCAUCUUGAAAUACAAGAGACAGUAAAUAAGGGCAAUUAUAACAAGUGCAGAGGCUGUUCCAAUGCGCUGGAUUAAUAGUCUGCUGGAGUGUGACAGUUGCUGCACUCCAGCAGCUUCCUGCAUCUCGUAUA